AUGUUCUACGAUCGUAAAAUGUUAUCAUCAUUACUUUUUCUUCUAUGGAUGAAUAUUGCAGCGUCAAUAACUCCAUUACCUGGUCUCGAUAUAAUUCAAUCCGGUUUUGAUGGCGUAAAAAUGUUGAGUAUUGAAGAGGAAAAUUCAACAUCUAAACUAUUCGAUCUAGGUGAUAUAUCAGCAGAUAACAAUUUUAUAUUCAAUGUACUUGGGAUAGAUCGCAUUUAUUCUACGUCUUUGAAAGUUCAAGUUACGAAUAUUGCUUUGAGAGUGGAAAAUUAUUGUCAUACAGUUGCAUAUACAUUUAAAGAUUUCUGUUUAAGUUAUUUUCAAUCAUAUUCAUUUGAACACUCAUCUAUAUGUGAAAAUGGAACGAUGAGUUCUAAAUAUCAUACAAUGUUGAACAAUGCUCAAAAUAUUCUUAAUACAACAAAACAAACUGCUAUUAUUUCAACAGUAUGGUGGGGUCUUUAUUCCAUACAAUUAGCUCCAACAUUUUUACUUGAUUUCGAUCCAUGGUUCAACAAAAGUAUAAAGACAUUGAAUAGUCGUGCUUCUGAUCCUACUACAGAAGAUCAACAAUUAUUAUACAAUAAAUUUAUUGAAACAUUUGGUACUCACUAUAUAUCAUCGGUGAUCAUGGGUGGUUUCAUCAAUAUAUAUACAUUUAUUAAUCAGACUAUUCAUUCACAAUAUAAUUAUUCAAAAACAUCACAAGAAAUAUCUCUGUUUAUCAAAGAUAUGAUAAUACCUCUCAAUCAUGUAAGAACAGUGUUCAACGAAAAUCGUAGUCGAGCAAAUUUUUCAUCAUUAGAAGAUUCACAGACAUUCAUUUUAUAUCAACCUCCAAUAAAGAGCAAUGGAUCAAAAUUAGACUGGUUUACUUGGACACACGCACUCGAUGAACAUCCAAGUGUAAUUAAUCGAACGUUAAAUUCUCUCACACAUCUUCUAGAUGAUUAUCCUGAAGUUCAAAGUCAUCUUCAAACGACCAUUGAUUACUAUGAAAAACACGGCGUAUUACCUACAUUGGCACAAUUAAAUUACAAAAGAAGCUCAAGAUUAUCGUCUGAUUCCUUGCCAUUAAUAUCUGGAGUCGAUAUUGUUGGUUGUGGCUUUGAUAUUCUAUCAGUGCAAAGUAAGCUGUGUCUAGUUGACAUAAAAAAGACGAAUGAGAAAAAUCUAUAUAGUGAUCCAUUUAAUAUGUCACUAGCAUACUCAGUACCGGCUGGUUUCUAUGCCAUAGAUACUCCUGAUUCUUUGGCACUUAAUUUUUCUAUUCAACUUAAAACAGUUGAUGAUUAUUAUAAACGUACAUUUUAUUCAACACAAUCGGAUAGUUUUGGAUUUUUAGGCUUCGGUGCCAGUCAUAAUUAUAAAUCAGUUGAAACAUUUUAUCGACGAUUUUAUGAAGAAAAUUAUUAUCUUGCAUUACGAUUGCUACAGAUAAAAUGGUAUACACUUUCUAUGGUUACUUUUCCUUAUCCAAAGUUGAAUAGUGUAGCACAGGAUGCAAUAAAAAAACUGCCAAACAUAUUCAAUCCUAAUAAUACAAUGAAGUUCAAUCAAUUCUUUUCAACGUUCGGUACUCAUUUUGUUCAAAGUGCAGACAUGGGUGGUCUUCUACAAUCAGAGAUCUGGUAUAAGACAUGUUUGCUGUACAAAAAAUCUGAAACAUGGAUUAAAGAGGAGUCAACAAAGUCUUGGUGGUUCUUUUCAAGUAGUCAAUCAUCAUCGUCUUAUGAGUCAUCAAUAGAUCAACAAUUUAGAGAAUAUUCGAUGUUUUCAUCGAAAUUAAUUGGUGGUAUUCAAUUCAUGAACACAACAUUGUGGGAACAAUGGGCACCUACCGUUAAAUCAAAUCCAAAGCCAGUACUAUAUCGUCUAAGACCUAUUUAUACUUUACUACCUGUAGGACAUCAGCGAACAGCUUUAGCAGAUGCUUUAGCUUAUCUUCGAACAACUGCUGAUACUAAUACAAAAGAAUAUAUUUCUCAACUAAAAGAGUUAAAUCCACCUCCACAAAGAGACUGUGGUUUAAACAAAAAAAAACGAAAUCUACUUUUAGAAGAAUUGCACCGUCACAGACGAAGUCUAGCAUCAAAUGUAAAUGCUGCUCGUCAAGCGUUAUGUCCAAUCGUUGGCUAUAACGGUUCAUUUUGUCCAGGAGUAAAUCAAAACAUAAAACCAACGACAAGAGUCAUGACAACAAUUACACAAUUACAUCGUGGUGUUGGUAUGACUAUUGACAUUAGUACUGGUAAGCUAAUGUUACCUGCAUUGAAAUUAACUUAUUCAUCCAAAUCAAAAUCGAAAAUAUGGAAAGAUGAAAAUGGCUCAGGUCAAUCAUUUUCUAUUCCGAAUGAAGUAAAUCUAACACCAGUAGAUGUCAGUCGAGAUAAUAAACCUACAUCAUUUAUUUAUCCUACUCCGUUGCAAUUUGCUGAUGUGUGGACUCGUACUAGUGGUAGUGGUAGUUGGUUGGGUGGUGAAUUAGGUCUCACUAAAUCAAUUCUAGAUAUUAACUUUCAGCUCUUUUCUAAGCAGCAAGCAACAGCUAUUACUCAACAGCCAAUCGGAUUGUAUCGACUCGAAGUGAAUAAUUUAACAUUAAAUGAAUAUGCUGAAGAAGCUGUGAGCCUAUUACCAACAACAUAUGAUCCAACUAUCUAUAGUGAUUUUAUGGAUGCAUGGGGUACUCAUAUUGCUGUUUCAACAUUAGUUGGGGGUAUGAUUGAACAACAAGUUGUUUUUAAAAAAUGUAUGUUAUCAAUGUUAGCUUUGAUCGGUAAUAAUAUACUAGAGAGUUAUCUAACAGCGGAUUUAACAUCAAAUACAACAACGAACAGUUUAUAUACUCAACGACGUCAGUUGACACUUAAUCAUCGUUUAGGAGGUAAUCCAACAGCUAAUGAUCAAGCAGCAUGGAUUCGAACAAUUUCUUUCAAUCCAGCAUUGUUAAAAAUUGAUCGUUACAUUCCUUGGUGGGAUGUUCUUACAGAUACCAAAAUCAAGAGAAACAUGCAAAAAGCGAUUGCCGAUCGCUUAGAUCAAGUGGCUAAAAAACGACGCCAGCUAGAAGCUCAAAAUCAAGACGCAUUAGGCUUGGGAACAGUUGAUAUUUCAGUCGGUUUCACACUGUCUCGUAUAGUAUGGGACAGUUUUUUUCCUCGUCAAGACGGUCAAAUGUGUCUAAUUUUCGGACCUAUUUUAUUUAAUACUUCAUCGCUGUGUACUAAUGAAUGUAACUUAGGACAGUUUAUUGUAACCAAUGAAACAUUAACGGGUCUCGGAAACUUACUCACUUAUAAACGUGAUAAUACUACCGGAUCGUUUCAUAUUGUAUUCAAUGAUUAUAAAAACAGUAAAGUCAUUGUUGGAUCAGAAGUUUAUGGUGCAGGAUGUUCUGCAAUCGAGCCAAAUAAUAACAAUAAUAAUAUGCCGAUCUUUCCAGUACUGGCUUGCUCGGGUUGCACACUCACUUCAACACAUGAUGGUUGUUCAUGCCCGUGUCCUAUAUAUUAA